AUGGAUCACAUUUCAGCUGUCCUUGAGCACUCGGAUCUCACGAUAGCAAGUCUGAUGUCUUCGUUGGGCAUGAAUUCGGCUAUGCGCUGCGAAGCUGCUUGCGAUGGGUGUCUCCAUCUUCGAAAGCAUGACUUUGGAGUAUACAGUCCAGCUAGCCACAUUCUCAUCUCCAAGGCUGCACUGGGUAAGAAUGUCAUCGAGUCCUCUCAGAACUGCCAAAUCCACCGAUUGGUGAUAUUGGGAACUGAUCUGGGUGCUGGAAAAAGCUGCGAUCAGAUCCAGCUCGGGAAUUUUUACCAGAUUUCCUUCGGACCUGCCGGGAUGUCCGGACUGUUCAGCCAUGACAUACGGAGCUUGGCUUCAGAGCGCAUAGCCCCACGACGGUGCCCCAGCUAUUGUCGCUAUGCAGCCUUCAGUCGCCUGAUGGUUACAUCGGACCAGUCUUUCCCCAGAAAACCAGUGAAUCAUGAAGCAGUGGCUGGCGCCACCGCCACCAGCACCGUUCAUUGGCGGGGUCGCCUUGCUCGAACGGGAUCCUACCCCGGCGUCUUAUUCCUCUGUUUCCGAGCGAAGAACCACCGUGAUUUUGUUGUGGCUUCCGCAGGGGUUGGAGUGUGCCCAGGUAUAACUCUAGCAGGUUAUCCUAUCAGGAGAUCGCUGCCUACUUACUUAGACGAGACGGCGAUGAUGAUUUCCACAAGGCACGUGCAGCAGCAGUACAUUCAUUCUAUCAGAAGAGAGUAG